AUGGCCCCCGACCACAUGACCACAACCGCGUCCCCCGCGAAGCCCGCGGAGCAGCUUUCUGCGGACGAGUGGCGGUUGCAGCGGCAGCUCGAGUAUUACUUCAGCGACAAAAACCUGUGGAAAGACACCUGGCUGCGCGAGAAACUACACGGGUCGGAAGAGAACGACUGUACCGGCUGGAUCGACGUCGCCGUCAUCGCCAACUUCAAGCGGGUGCAGCAAAUCACCUCUGAUCUGGAUUGGGUGGUGCGCGUGUUGUACCGGAUUGACGAGUUGGAAGUUCGCGCGCCGGGGUCGUACGAUUGCACAACCGUGGAGACGACCUUUAGCAAAAAUCGUCAGAAAGUCAACAACUAUGUCAACAUGUCUCCGGAACAAUCCGGGAACAAGAAUAAUGGAACGCCCGAGGAAGAGUAUGACUCCGUUCUUUCCGGUACUGUCUCCCCCACUAGAAUCACGACGAAAGUGACAACCACACAGUACCAGGUCCGACGAAAGGCUGCGCUACCACCGAAACCAGUCGCAAAUUCUUCUUCCGCGGCUGAUAUUAAAAACGGUUUGAUGACCAGCAACACCUCCGAUUGCGGGUCAACCUCCGGAGGUGCAGCAGAUCGUGGUCCGCGCAACAGUCUGACCAAGAACAACAGUGGAUCUACUUCGUCGCAACAUCGAGAUUUAGCCAUGGACUCGGACGAGGAAGAUCGACAGCAGCAAUCGUCCACCACGACCCUGGACGGACCGACGCAGAAUAAAUCCAGUUCGACAAAUAACCGGUUGAUCCCGGGUUUCCGGCAAGUCCCGAAAACGGGCGUCAUCUACGUGAUGGACGAAGCCGCGAAGGUCGGGUAUUCCGCCCAGACCGCGCACGAGUGGGCCAACUUGGGCCAGGGGUCGCCGGAAACGUCGCUACCGAAGCACUGGCCGGCGUCGGUGCGGAACCGAAUCAAGGAAUUGAUCGAGGCGGGAAAACUGCCCUCCUGCGCGGCGCAGACCAGCAACCCGGCAGCCCACCUCCACAACAACGCGAGCCACAACUUCGGCCCCAGCGAGCACAUCCAGGGCCCGUGGGACCAGGAUUUGAAACAGCUCGAGGUGACCCCGGAAAAUUUACACUACGGGAACGUGAACGGGGAUUUGGCGCUCCGGCGCGCGGUCGCGAAGUUCUACAAUGACAUGUACCGCAAGGGGAAGCAAUCGCUGUACCAAGCGGAGAACGUCGCACUGGUCGGCGGCGGGCGGCUCGCGCUGACGCGGUUAAUUGCCGCCAUGGACCAGAUCAAUCUCGGGCAUUUUUUGCCCGACUACACGGCGUACACGGAAUUGCUGUCCCAAUUUUCCUUGACCGGAAAAAUCAACUCGAUUCCGAUCUUGUUGAAUCCGGAGAACAAUUUUCGGUUGACGCUACAGGAACUCCGGCGGGAGAUUGUGGGGAAAGGGUUGGGCGCGUUGCUGUUCUCGAAUCCGUGCAACCCGACGGGGCAGUUGGUCGAGGGGGAAGAAUUGAAGAAUUGGGUCCGGAUUGCAAGGGAAUGUCAGUGCUCGCUGGUUAUCGACGAGAUCUAUUCGAGGUAAUUUAUUAUGACAUUUUUUUUGCAUUGCAAAUAGAAAUGCAAUCCAGAUAUCGAUCUACGACCAGGAGAAAUGUGUGCAUGUUUGCGCCGUCUAUUUGUUCAUGCAUUCGGACUCCUGCUCAAGCAAAAUGAAUAAUCCACAAAAGGAGCUGCAUAAUUAUGACAUAAAUUUUUCUCAGGUACGUGCAUGCAUGACAAAUUUUCGCUAGUAUAAUCAUGCAUGCUAUGCAAUACAAAUUUACAGGUAUGUUUACACGCAGCGUAUGGCGCCCUCCGACGCGCACUGGCGCAUGGUUUCCGCCGCGCAGUUCGUGGACGAUGUGAACAGUGACCCGGUGAUCCUCCUCGAUGGUCUGACCAAGAACUGGCGCAUGCCGGGGUUGCGCGUCUGCUGGAUCGUCGGCCCGCGGCAGGUAUGCAUUGCAAAAGUAUCGUACUCGUAUAAAUGCAUUACAAAUUUCCCUAGCAUGAGAAAUAAAAUUUGUAAUGCUGAUUUACCUUAAGAGAGAGAUUUGUAAAUGCAUGACUGCAAUACGAGUACGAUAGUUUUGCACAGGAUACCAGGUUAUCGAAGCGGUGGGGGCCGCGGGGUCCUUUCUUAUGCAUUACAAAUAUGUCUGGCGUCUGGAAGGUUGCAGCUUGAUUGUCAUGCUAAAUCUGGAUCGUGCCAAAAGUUUGUGUUGCAUGAUGUCCAAAAGAUGUCCACUUUUGGACAAGUUCAGGGGCAAUUUCUCAUGCAGGAUAGGCAUGCUAGAGGUCUGCUCACAGAAUCUGUCAUGCUAGGUCCUGCAUGCCCGACGUCAUGGGUCAUCGAGAUCUGCAUCACAAGUCUUGCAAUCUUCCAGACGACCCAGACAUAUUUGCAUUUGAUAUUUCUCGACGGGGGACCAUCUCUACCAACGCAACGGGCCUUGGUGCCGCUGCUGAACCCGAAGCUCGUCUAUCAAAUGUAAAAAUGUCUGGGUCUGGAAGACUGCAACUUGUCAUGCUAAAUCUGCAGCAUGCAAAAAUCUGUGUUGCAUGAUUACCAAAAGUCGUCCAGUUUUGACCAGGUCGGGAGGUAGUUUCUCAUGCAGGAUAGGCAUUCGAAAGGUCUCGCAGAAUCUGUCAUGCUAGGUCCUGCAUUCCAGACCUCAUGGGUCAUGGAAAAGCAGCAUGACAAAUCGCGCAUUCUUCCAGACCCAGACAUUUUUACAGUUGAUAUCGUCGUGGAGCAAACCAUCCUCCUGCAGUUGCUCUUCAGCCACAAGUAUCCUGUGCAAAAGUAUCGUACUCGUAGUAAUUGCAGCAGAUACUUCAAAAGCCUCAAUUUACGCACGGGGUCACAAUUCUACUUUUUGACGCGGGUUCCAGCGCAAAAACCAAAGGGCAAAGCGCGGCCGCAAGUAGGUCGUGGCAGUUGCUUCGGUUUGAAAAAUCACAAACAGAAAAACUAGGGCGCGAAACAAGGCGAAAAAGCGGCAUCACAUGGAGAAGUAAAAUGCUGGAUAAAGCCGCUCGUGCUGAGGGAACAGAGAAGCACUUAUCCGGUGGUACCUAGGGGGCCAAAAAUUUCUGCAUGCGUGUCCUCCACGCGGGCGGCCCCUGGGUGCGUCGCUGUGGUUGUCAAUCCGCGUGAGGGGUGAAAAGGGAUUGGGCGUAGCAACUCACGCCAUUGUACCUUGAGCCAAAAUGCCGACAUCGCAAGCUUUGACACAUUGAUCUUUUAGUCCACAAGUCUCAAUUAAGUGUGUGCAGAUCUGGCGCGACAGGUUUUCGGCAUUCAGAGCAUUGAUGUCAACCUGAAGCGUCGCUUAUUGAGACUUGUGGAUUAUGAAAUCGAUGUCAAGUGUGUUGCAGUGGGAGGCUUUUGGCUCAAGGUACUGUGUCGUGACUUGUUGUGCCCAGUCCCAUUUCACCCUUCGCGCGGCAUGGCGGGCGCGAACUUCGCUCUUAGCCCUUUAGUUUUCCGUCGGGAGUAGGGCUCUGCAGCAUGGCCUGGUGCGCGAUAUUAAUCCGCGCCCCAUACCAUGGCGGAACACUUUAUUCUGGGUGGUACGCUGCAGAUGUUUUCUGUAGUUGAUGUCUUUGGAGGCUCGCCGACUCUGAUCGCCGGAGCCCACCCGGCGAUGUGAAGCGCCAUGAUUUGGAUCCGACGAACAAGGGUGGGCUAGGUUGUCUGUUUUCCAAAAAGUUCUAACCCCCGCUAGUGGGUGGGCACUAGCGGGGGUUAGGGUCAGACGAAUGUAACCCACCUUUGUUCAUCCUAGAACAAAUGAACAAGGGUGGGUUACAUUCGUCCGAAGCUAACCCCCGCUAGUGCCCACCCACUAGCGGGGGUUAGACCUUUUUGAAAAAAAGCAGAUGUAACCCACCCUUGUUCGUCCGUGUCAAAGGAAGCAGAAAGUAAGCAGCCUGCUGAAGUCAGCAGCCGGGAUGCCAGCCCCGGCGGAUAUGAUCGGGAACGACCAUGCUUCUGAAGUGCAAAUAUUUUUGUAGAACUUUAUUCGCCACGGAGUGGCCGUCUCUUAGCAGGUAUCUUUCUCUUUGCUUUUAGUAAGAUGUCGGCCCAGCAGGACUUCUAGCAACAAAGAGGGGGAGUUGGCUGGUUGGGUGGUCGGUUGUGCGAGUGUUGCCCUUCGCUCCCAAUGGAUUAGUGCAAACAAAAGGACAGAGCAGUUGUUGCAGAAGCUGACCCAGAGCCAGCAGUCGACCCCGGCAAUUCAAGGCGCAGCGGGCUCUGCAGCGCUGGGAGGCCCUGUGGCGGAUGAGUAGAGGCAUGCCCGAAGAGGUGGAUUGCCGGGCACCUAUUCUGUGUCAGAUUCAUUCAGCGCCCCCGGAGUAUCUUUUGCGAUGCCCUUCCGCGCGCCAUUUUGCGGCAGGCAGGCGCUGCGUGCGUGAGCGUGCUUUGUAGACGGCCCGGCGUUGUGCUAUGCAUGUGCCUACCAGACACUAUCAUAGAAGAGGGCACUUUGGCACUUAAAGUGCCCUCUUCUAUGAAUGUGGCGGCUCGGGGGGCACUGAAACAGGCGCAGCCGCAAAAACAGGCACAGAAACAGCUACAGAAACAGGCGGAAAAUCAGGCACGCAAAAAGGUGCAAAAACAGGCACAAACGCAAGCGAUGCGGGGUUGGCGCACCAAGCCCAAAAAGAAGACAAUUGUGACCCCGUGCUUAAAUUCCGGUAGUCGAAGUAUGCAUGACAAAUCUUCCUCCUAAAGUAAAACAGCAUUACAAAUCCCACUUUUCUUUUUGCCAAAAUUUGUAAUGCAAUUUAUACUAGUACGUUACUUUUGCAAUGCAUAACAAACGGGAUUUCCUCCUGCACCGGCUAAACGAGAUGAACAUAGUAUGGGAGUGUCAGAAUCGAAAGCGACAAAAUCGAAAGGAUUUGUCAUGCAUAAAACGGAUUCCAGUUUGAACCCAGUUUCUAAGUGGCGCAUGACAAAUUCUGGCGGUGCCUAAAUCCAGUUUGUAAUGCUGUUUAGGCAAAGAAGACCGAUUCUCUCAUGAUGUUGCUUUAGCAGCUCGAGCUAUAACCCCAAACAGGCUUACAAUCGGUAUCGGCCUCACUUGCCUGCUCUGCAACACACGUAUUCCGCGUCAUGCAUUUUAUGCAUCACAAAUUUUUCGAUUUUGUCAAUUUCGAUUCUGGCACUUCCAUACAUCGUGGUGGAACACCCGCCGCAGGGGACGUUUUACUGCUGGUGCGACAUCUCGAGUUUACCGGCUCCGUUGAACACCUGCUGGGGGUAUCAAAUGUAAAAGUGUCUGGGUCUGGAAGAAUGCGCGAUCUGUCAUGCAGCUUUUCCAUGACCCAUGAGGUCUGGAAUGCAGGACCUAGCAUGGCAGAUUCUGUGCGAUCUCUCUCAUGCCUAUCCUGCAUGAGAAACUCCCUACCGACUUGGUCAAAACUGGACGACUUUUGGUAAUCAUGCAACACAGAUUUUUGCAUGCUUCAGAUUUAGCAUGGCAAGUUGCAUUCUUCCCGACCCAGACAUUUUUACAUUUGAUAGGCGGUUUUUCCGGACCAUGCUGAACGAGGGGAAGGUCAUCGUCUGCCCCGGCGUGUUAUGAAUUGUAAAAAUAUCUGGGUCUGGAAGAUUCUGACACUUGUCACGCACGUUUUGCAUGAGCCAUGAUGUCUGUGGUGCAUACCCUAGCAAUACAGAUUUUUUGAGGGCUUCUUGAUGCGUAUUCCGCAUGACAAAUGCCUUCUCAGCGUAGCAAAAAUUGCAUUUCCUUUGGUACUCAUGCAAUACAGAGUUUGUUGGAAUCCAAAUGCAGCAUCACAAGUUGCAUUCUUCCAGACCCCGACACUUUUACACUUGAUAUGUGUUUUUUGACGUCAACCCCGGGCAUCGCAGGAAGUUCUCGAAUUACUCGUAUCAAAAUGAAAAAUCCCCCCACCCCACAUCAAAACGAAGUCUGUGAUGCUGGAUUUGCGUACACAAAUCAGAUUUGUCUUGCUGAAGAGGACUGCAGGUCUAUACCAAGCCUGAGUAGAGAGGUUUUGAGCUAGGCUCUUAGCAUGAGAAACGUCUGCGCUGUAGGCCCAACAGCAUCACAAACCGCCUGCAUAAUGCGGCGGAGCCUGUGGAGUUGCCUUCUUGCAAGACAGAGAUGAUUUGUGGUCGCAAAUCAGCAUUGCAAAUUUUCGGCGACUUACCUUUUUGAUAUGGGGAGGGGGGAUUUUUCCUCACAAUAACUCGGGCUUCGUCCGGCUGUCCUACGGGCCGUCGUUUCCGGAGAUCAAGCGGGGGCUCGACGCCAUAGAAAUGGUGAUCACGAAGUACAGAACGGGCGGGAGUUGUAGUGGAGUGAAUAAAAUGGGUAUGGGUUCCUCCUGCACGACAUUACCUUCUUCGUCGGGUAUGAAGCGGACUCUGUCCAUCGGGGAAGCUUCGGAAAAAACCGCGAAUGGGUGCUGUUCCGAGAUGAACUAG